GGGCGUGUCCCAGGGGCUUCCGCCGCCACCGCCGCGGAGAUUCCCAAGAUGGCGGCACUGGCGGAGAGGGGGUACGCGCUGUCCUGCGGGCGCCUCGGCCGCGGCACACGAGUCUCUGUCUUCCACGUCAAGCUGACUGAAUCGGCCCUGCGAGCCUUCGAGGCCUACCAGGGACGCAAGGAUUCUGUGGGUUUGAAGCCAUCGAUCCAGUUUCAAGGAAGUCAAGGGCACAUCUCAAUACCGAGACCAGACUGCCCAACAGGAGUUCGGACAUUUUCCUUUUAUCUCUCUAAUAUUGGCAAGGACAGCCCUCAGGGGAGUUUUGAUUGCAUCCAGCAGUAUGUGUCCAGCAAUGGUAACAUUCAGCUGGAUUGCCUUGGCAGCAUCCAGGACAAAAUCACUGUCUGUGCCACCGAUGAAUCCUACCAGAAGGCAAAGCAGAGCAUGGCCCUGGUGGAAGAGGAGACACGGAGCCGGGGUGCCAUUGUCAUCAAGCCUGGAGGGCGUUACGUUGGAAAGACCGUUAAGAUGCGUAAGCCUGCACCAGGGGUGUCCGACACUGUUCCCUCACGGAUACGCCCAACACCUGUCAACCUCGCCAGUGCCAUCAAGAAGGGCAAUAGUGCCGUCUCCCAGAGGCCUUUCAAAGAUCGGGUGAUGCACUUGCUGGCUCUCAAGCCUUAUAAGAAACCAGAACUCCUCCUUAGGUUGCAAAAGGAUGGCCUUUCUCUGCAAGAUAAGGAUUCCUUGGACAGCCUCUUGCAGCAGGUUGCAAACAUGAAUGCCAAAGACAGCACAUGCACCCUGAAAGAUUAUCUUUACAAAGAGGUGCAGAAGGACUGGCCUGGCUACUCAGAAGGAGACCAACAGCUGCUGAAGAGGAUCCUUUUCCGGAAACUCUGCCCACCACAGAAUCCCAGCUGCGUCCCUGAGAAUUCUGCUCCCAGCCCCCCAAGGGAUACCGCAAACGUUUCCUCCUCCCCUCCUCAGAAGCGACCCCAGCCCCUGGACUUUAUUGACCCCCUCACCAACAAAAAGCCAAGGAUCUCUCACUGUGCCCAAAGGACUCAGCCCACUUUCAAUGGCAAACUCAGCUCUGCCAAUGGGAAGGAGACCUCUUUGCCCACCAUGGUGGCGGCUGAUUCAGUCAGCUCUAGCUCUCUUUUGCCCACUCUGGAGCUACCUAGGCCUCACGACCCACUUGCUGAUGUUAGCAAUGAUCUAAACCAUAACGGCAAAGACUUUGAGAUGGCAGAGCCGGCCGAAAGGCGGACAGCAAGCCGGUCGGCCGCAACCCCAGCCCAGACGAGCAAACACAAUUGUGUUCCGCACUCAAAAUCCAGGAAGAAGAAACAUAAGGAACGAGAAAGGAAGGAGGAGCAGCAACAGGUCCACGAGAAGCCAAACUGUGAACUAAAAAAGGGUGGCUCCAAAAUGAGCCCCUCACAAGACAGCGCAGGUUUAAACAGGACGUGCAACAGCUCCAGUGUCCCAUCUUCUACAUCAGGGAGGCCAGACUACUUGCUAAAAUACGGUGCCAUCUCUUCCUCGGAGCAACGUCAGAGCUACAAGAAUGAUUUCAACGCGGAGUACGGCGAGUAUCGUGACCUCCAUGCUCGUAUUGAGCGGAUAACCCGACGGUUCAUGCAGCUGGAUUCAGAACUAAAGCAGCUAUCUCAGGGCUCGGAAGAAUACAAGAUUAUCCACGAUCAGAUCUUGCAAGAAUACCGAAAAAUUAAAAAGACUAAUCCAAAUUACAGCCAGGAGAAGAACCGCUGUGAAUAUCUCCACAACAAACUGGCCCAUAUCAAAAAACUGAUCGCUGAAUACGACCAACAGCAGUUUCAGUCUUGGCACUGAGCCUGGAGGCUGAGUGAGACACCCAGAUGGACGUCAACCUGUGAACAAGUCCCACAGCGAGGGAGAAGUCAGUCUCCAGCUUCCUGGGCUCAAUGACUCAAGGAUUUAAUCCCCGGGAAAAGUCCAUCACUGUACUGUACACACCCAGGAACCAAUGUGGCUUAAUCUCAGCGUUUUAAACUCUGUCUCUUCCCAGAUAUUAAAAAAACAAAAAAAAAGUUAAAGAAAGGAAAGUUUGCUUAUUCUUAGAUGCCAACAAAUGAGCCUUCCUCCCCAAGAAUUGACUGCUCUUAUUCUCCCCACACACCUCCAAUUGCAGGUUCAGUUUAGAGUAGGAAACAAAGGGUUGUCUGGGCUCUGUUGCAAAUUCUACCAGCUGGGGGAAGAGCUCAUGUUCCUGGGGUGGGAGGGAACAACCACAAACCUGUCUGUCCGCUGUCCAUUAAAUUCUUGCAUAACUCAC